AGUACCGUUGUUUCAAAUCCCCUCUGCUCGAAGUGACGGGGGACCACGGUACAUCUAAUUAUUUAUAAACUCCCGUAAAGGAAGAAAGAUAAACAAAACAAUAGAGGGGAAUUUUGGAACUACACUUUGGGUUUGCAAAACAACGAAAAAGUGGAUAUGAUCCUAAUCGAAUGGACUUAAAGGAAAUUCUUCAGCAUCAGCUUCUGCUCUUCCCAUGGACACUAAAGUUUGUCAGUUCAGAAUGACUACUUCGCGUUGUCUUUGAACGAUGUGACACUGGACACAUUUUUGCAUUUUGGAGUUCUCGGACAACCUUAUUACGGGAAAAACUUUUUAGGAUAGACUUUGUGCUCGUUUCUUUCUUUUGGCUUUCUAUGGUAUUUUUUGGGAUGCGACCAGCGUAGACGAACUGACCAACUCUGCGCUCGCGGAAUUAUUUUUUAGGGUCAAAUCAUUUGAUUUAUUUUAACAUUUCAUCGGUGUUUUCCUGAUCGAUUUUAUGCGUUCCCGAGCCUUUCAUUCAUUUGGACACAUGGAGUGGAUGUUUUAAAACAAAUCACCUGGAUUACUGUGAAAUUAGGAACUUCGGACCAAAUCUGAACACUCGACUGUUUUGGGAAACCGAUGUGUAUAUAUUAAAUUGGGAGAUUAUGACGGAUCAAAAACGCACAAAUAUCUGAUUCACUUUUUGUUUUGCGGAUUACACAAACAGCCAAGGAAAACGCGACUUUUUGAACGAUGAAGGGGAGAGCUGUGGGAUUUGCGCUGUUUAUCACUGUUAUACACAUUUGCACAGGAUCCCGUCUGCGACAGGAAGACUACGCGCCCCGCAUCGUAGAACACCCCUCCGAUCUGAUCGUAUCCAAGGGCGAACCCGCCACCCUAAACUGCAAGGCAGAAGGGCGGCCCACCCCCACCGUGGAGUGGUACAAGGAUGGAGAACGAGUGGAAACGGACCGGGACAAUCCUCGAUCGCAUCGCAUGCUUCUGCCCAGCGGCUCUCUCUUCUUCCUACGUAUCGUACAUGGCCGUCGCAGCAAACCCGAUGAAGGCUCCUACGUCUGUGUGGCCCGUAACUACCUGGGAGAAGCGGUUAGCCACAACGCCUCUCUGGAAGUAGCUAUUCUUCGGGAUGAUUUCAGACAGAACCCUGUGGACGUGAUGGUAGCAGCGGGCGAACCAGCGGUCAUGGAGUGCAUGCCACCCCGCGGGCACCCAGAACCAACUAUUUCAUGGAAGAAAGACGGAGUCACUAUAGACGACAGGGAUGAGAGGAUCACGAUACGUGGAGGAAAACUGAUGAUCACCAACACCAGGAAGACGGAUGCUGGAAAGUACGUAUGCGUGGGAACCAAUAUGAUGGGGGAGCGAGAGAGCGAAAUCGCAGAGCUGACUGUUCUCGAGAGGCCAAGUUUUUUACGAAAGCCGAGCAGUCAGUCGGUUCUGGUGGACCAGAGCGUCGAGUUCAGGUGUGAAGCUCAAGGUGAUCCGGUGCCCACCAUCCGCUGGAGGAAAGACGACGGAGAGCUUCCUAAAGGACGACAUGAGAUCUGGGAGGACCACACUCUCAAACUGAAGAGGUUGACCUCGGGAGACGCCGGUACUUACACCUGUCAGGCGGAGAACAUGAUGGGGAAGACGGAAGCCAGCGCCUCGCUCACCAUCCACGUUCCUCCGGUGUUUGUGGUCCGACCCAGGAAUCAGGUGGUCGGGAUGGGGCGCACGGUGACCUUUCAGUGUGAAGCUACAGGAAGUCCUCAACCUGCUAUCUUCUGGCAGAAGGAAGGCAGUCAGAACCUCUUGUUCUCCUCUCAGCCUCCUCCUCCCUCCAGUCGGUUCUCUGUUUCUCAGACGGGCGACCUGACCAUCACCAUGGUGGAGCGUUCGGAUGGGGGUUAUUACAGCUGUCAGGCCCUGAACAUCGCCGGCAGUGUGAUCACCAAAGCUCUGCUGGAGGUCACAGAUGUAAUAUCAGAUAGACCUCCACCCAUCGUUCGCCAGGGUCCCACCAACCAGACCGUGUCAGUGGAUGGGACGGUGAUCCUGGGAUGCCAAGCCACAGGUACCCCGACUCCCACCAUCCUGUGGAGGAAGGAUGGGGUCCUGGUGUCCACCCAUGACUCUCGCCUCAAACAGCUGGACACGGGAGCGCUGCAGAUCCGUUACGCUAAGCUGGGAGAUACCGGCGUGUACACCUGCACCGCGUCCACCCCAAGCGGAGAGGCAUCGUGGAAGGCCUACCUGGAGGUGCAAGAGUUUGGUGCUCCGGUUCAGCCCGGCAGACCCACGGAUCCAAACCUCAUUCCCAGCGCCCCCUCUAAACCGGAUGUCACCGAAGUCAGUCGCACCUCUGUGUCUCUGUCCUGGAAGCCCAACCUUAACGCCGGAGCCACGCCCACCUCAUACGUCAUAGAGGCCUUCAGCCACGCGGCAGGGAGCAGCUGGCAGACCCUCGCCGAUCAUGUGAAAACCGAGAGUUUCGUCCUGAAGGGUCUGAGGCCGAGCGCCGUCUACCUGUUCCUGGUGAGAGCAGCCAAUGCGUACGGCCUGAGCGACCCAAGCCCUAUCAGCGAUGCUGUCAAAACGCAAGAUGUUCCACCAACAAGUCAAGGAGUCGAGCAUGGGCAGAUCCAGAGAGAGUUAGGAGAUGUUGUCAUUCACCUUCACAAUCCCACGGUCCUCUCUUCUUCUUCUGUGAGAGUCCAGUGGACGGUUGAGCAGCAGUCGCAGUAUAUUCAGGGAUACAAGGUGAUGUACCGUCCCUCCCCAGACGGUGCUCUACAGCGUGUGGAAUGGGCCGUGUUUGAGGUUCGAACCCUCGGGGAACACAGCACAGUCGUCACCCAGCUCAGGAAGGGCGUGACCUAUGAGUUUAAAGUACGACCUUUCUUCAAUGAGUUCCAAGGGACUGACAGCGAUGUCAAAGUGGCCAAGACCCUGGAGGAAGCGCCCAGCGCCGCUCCCAGGGGAGUCACUGUAACAGGAAGUGGAGACAACGGCACAGCUAUCCUGGUAUCCUGGCAACCGCCUCCAGAGGAGGAGCAGAACGGUGUGGUGCAGGAAUAUAAGAUCUGGUGCCUUGGAAAUGAAAGCCGCUAUCACAUUAACCGAACAGUGGACGGUACUACAUUUUCAGUUUUAAUUCCCGGCCUGGUCGUCGGGGUGCCGUACAGGUUGGAAGUGGCGGCCGGCACAGGGGCCGGCCCUGGGGUAAAGAGUGAGACCACCUUCUUUCAGCUGGAUUCAUCGGGCCGAAUGGUUUCUUCGCCUCUGGAUGUUGAAAACACCAUUUCUCAGCAGAUCUCAGACGUUGUGCGUCAGCCUGCGUUCAUCGCGGGCAUCGGCGCGGCGUGCUGGAUCAUUCUCAUGGUCUUUAGCAUCUGGUUGUACCGUCACCGCAAGAAGAGGAACGGACUCAGCAGCAGCUACGCUGGAAUCCGCAAAGUGCCCUCCUUCACCUUCACCCCCACAGUGGCCUAUCAGAGAGGAGGAGAGGCUGUCACCAGUGCAGGAAGGCCAGGUCUGUUGAAUAUGGGCGAACCGGCGACUCAGCCCUGGCUGGCGGACACCUGGCCCAACAGCUGCUCCAAUCACAACGACUGUACCAUCAACUGCUGCACAGGAAGCAAUGGAAACAGUGAUAGUAACCUGGCCACCUACAGCCGCCCAGCCGACUGUAUCGCCAACUAUGCCAACCAGAUGGACAACAAGGCCACCAACCUUCUGGCUCCAGACACGGGCCUCUACAGCGAUGUGGACCUUUCCAAUAAGAUCAACGAGAUGAAGACCUUCAACAGCCCCAAUCUGAAAGACGGACGUUUCGUGGGACCCGGAGGUCAACCGACGCCCUACGCCACCACUCAACUCAUCCAAUCCAGCCUGGCCAACAACAACAUGAACAGCAGCGGAGGAAGUGGAGGAGGAAGUGGAGAUCUCAACGAGAAGCAGAGCUGGAAGAGCAGCCAGGGAACUCCUCAGAAACAAGCCGACAUCAACGCGCCGCUCCAGUUUAACGUCAUGGAGCAAAACAAACUGAACAAGGACCACUACAGAGGUGAAGGCCCCAUCUCGGUUACCAUCCCCUAUAACCAGACCCAGGAGAGCCAUACAGGAGGAACCUACAGCAGCUCGGACAGAGGGAGCAGCACAUCUGGAAGCCAAGGGCAGAAGAAAGGGGGACGCACAACUAAACAGGCUAAACAGAACACAAUGAAUUGGGCUGAUCUGCUGCCCCCUCCUCCAGUCAAUCCACCCCUUUGCCAGGAAUAUACCCUCCCCAUUGAUGACAGUUACGACACAGAUCUGCAGUGCCCCAUGCCGCCCUCUCGCAUGUACCUGCAGCCUGAUGAGCUGGAGGAGGAAGAGGCGGAGCUAGAGCGAGGACCCACCCCUCCCGUGAGGGGUGCCGCCUCCUCUCCUGCCGCAGUCUCCUACAGCCACCAGUCCACUGCGACCCUCACCCCGUCCCCUCAGGAGGAGAUGCAUCCCAUGCUGCAGGACAACGCUGACCUACAUGAACGCAGGCGGCUCUUGGUAAGUCCUCCCCCUCCGCCACGCCCUCUCUCCCCUCCGCACACAUACGGCUACAUCUCCAGCCCGCUAGGCCUCGACACCGACGGACUGGAGGAAGAAGAAGAAGAAGAGGAAGGUGACGAGACGGAUGCAGAAGUGGCAAUGGUCCACCAGCACCACACCCACACUCACCAGCAGCACUUAGCCCAGCAGCGGGCUCUCCUGCGGGGCCUGGAGCAGACUCCCGCCUCAAGCACCUGCGAUCUGGAGAGUUCCGUCACCGGUUCCAUGAUCAACGGCUGGGGGUCGGCAUCGGAGGAGGACAACGCGUCGUCGGGCCGCUCCAGUGCCGUCAGCUCAUCGGAUGGGUCUUUCUUUACCGAUGCGGAUUUCGCUCAGGCCGUGGCGGCUGCGGCCGAGUAUGCCGGUUUACGAGUCGCAAAGCAUUCUGGGAAAGGCCAUCAUCAGCUGCCAGCAUCUGGAGCCGCACGGAAAUACCAAAACCUCCCACCGGGACAUCGUCCAGGCAGCCCAUUGUCCUCAGACAGUAACAUUAGCUCAGCCCCGGGUCAGAGGAGACCCUUAAAGAGACAGAAACAACAUCCGCCUGCUCAGACCGGCUACCAGCGCAGAGAGGCCUUCUCAGAGGAUCUCCCACCUCCUCCGAUUCCUCCCCCGGCCAUGCUGAAGUCUCCAACGCACCCGGCCAAAACCAUCCCAGAUGGGCCGCGGGGAGUCGUGUCCCCCAGGUCUAGUUCUGCUGAUGGCAAGGAUAGGCGAACAGGCCCGGGAGGACCCAGGCCCCGGGAUGGCUCAGACACCCGGACCAGCUCUUCAGAACGGCGCGAGGCCCAGGACCUACAGAGGGGUCCGAGAACAGCGAAGAGCAGUAAACAAGAUGCCGCUAAGAGCCGCCAGCACCAAGGUUCAGAGGACAUCCUACCGUACAGCCGUCCGUCUUUCCCAGCCGUCCACAGCCCUCGUGGAGAGAGAGACCCCAGCUCCUCCAGUUCACUGUCGUCUCGAGGGUCCGGAGGACGACGGAGAGGGGAGGUGGCUCCAGGGGCCCGCAGAAACCCUUCAGAUUUUGGCCUGAACGCCUUCCAGAUAGAAGGGGAUGAACUUGAGAUGGUGGAAAGCUGAAGAUCCAAAUAUUGUCGUCCAAUCAUCUUCAGCUACUAAUCGUCAGCGCAGCACGACCAUCUCGGCGGUAUCUUUACUGAAGACUACCGACCUUGAGUUACGUCACGUUUGAAAAACUGACCAAGCAUUAAUUCAUUUCUUUACCUAAUUUCAAUGUGCAUUAAAAGAAGAAAAAAGACACAGACACAGAGGAAAAAAUAAGGGUACAUUUGAGGGGCUAAAGGUUGAUUUAAUUCCAAUGCAAUAUGAUAAUGUGUCUGUUAGCUCCAGAAACCGAUUCACGGCUUUGUUCACCUCGGAAAGAAGGUCGUCAGUCAUCCGAUACUGUAACGAAACUUCAGGCACAAAGGGACGGACUGACAUGUACAUACACGUGUAUACAUAUCUAACUGUCUUUUUAUAAUCCAUUGUGGUACGUUAAAUUUGUCUUCCUUGGCUUAUUUGAAUAAUUUUAAAUGACACCAAUUAAUAUAAUUUUGUUUUAUAUCCUCCAUCCUGCUUGUAAAUUGUCAUAGUGUUUUAACUGCCCGGGAGAAGUGCCACAUUUUGAGAGUUAUUGUUUGUUUGUUUUUCGUAAUGCACUGUUAUUCUUUAUCGUCAUUGUUAAUGUUUGUCGUUCUAUGUUUGACUUUGGUUUUAAAAGCACAAUCACUAAACUUUAUUUUGAACCAUGUUAUCGAGUAACCUUUUUGUCUUACGCGAGGAGCUGGCAGGGCGGUACGACAAAAGGCCUUGUUUAACCUGUCGAUGUAGGUUAUGAGAAAUGAAACGAAAGGAUAAGCUGUUUACAAACGAGUGAAUGAAUAGAAACGAAUUCCUGCAUCCUCACCUUUGGCGUCUCUUCCAGAUUCUCAUUCCGGCGCCGUAUGACAGUCAGCCUGCAAAAGGGAAGAAACAAAAUUAACGCAGGAAUCUCUGCGCUUUCGUCAAAAUAAAAAAAAAACAUUCACGUAUGCACUUAAAGAGACAUUCGGAUACAGGAAGUGGGUGUCGGUUUGAGAAUCUGGAGUGGUGAUUGGCUGGCCGAGGGAUCAGUGUGUCGGUCACGCUCUAAAGGGAUGUGGAUGUGAGUGAUAAUUCAUUUGACAUCUGCAAGCAUUUGUUUCUUAAAACAAAAAGCAUAUAAAAAUGAAGAAAAAAAUAAAUCAAAAUGCUGAAAAUGA